GAUCAAGCCUUUGUGACCCUUGCUACCGAUGAUGUGUACUGUCAAGGCGCUUUGGUUCUCGGACAGUCGUUGAGGAACCAUACGACAUCUAGAAAAUUGGCAGUACUAAUUACACCAGAGGUUUCCAGUGGGAUGAGGUCCGUUCUCCGUAGUGUGUUUGAUGAAGUGAUUGAAGUGGAUGCUCUUGACAGUGCUGACUCAGUCCGUUUGGCUCUGAUGCAGAGGCCAGAACUGGGUGUAACCUUCACUAAGCUUCACUGUUGGACUCUUACUCAUUAUAGCAAAUGUGUCUUCAUGGAUGCAGACACUUUGGUGCUUUGCAAUGUUGAUGAAUUGUUUGAUCGAGAAGAGUUUUCAGCAGCUCCUGAUUCUGGCUGGCCUGACUGCUUUAACAGUGGUGUAUUUGUGUUCCGACCUUCUUUGAAAACUUACAACCUGUUGCUCCGGUUUGCUGCUGAACAUGGCAGCUUUGAUGGAGGUGAUCAAGGCUUGCUGAAUAGCUUCUUCAGCAACUGGGCAACAGCCGAUAUUGGCAAACACUUACCUUUCCUGUAUAACUUAAGCAGCAGUGCUGUAUACACCUACGUUCCUGCUUUCAAUCAUUUUGGUAGAGAUGCCAAAAUUGUUCACUUCUUGGGAGCGACGAAGCCCUGGAACUACAAAUAUAACCUCCAAACAAAAAGAGUUAUGCAGGAUGGCACCACCACUGGAUCUUUUCAUCAACUGUCAUUUCUUGCCCUCUGGUGGAAUAUAUACAGUGCCAGUAUAUUGCCUUUGUUAGAGAAGCUUCAAAAGAUGGAAGAAUCAGAAUCUGAGGAAUGCAAGCACACUUUCAAUGGAGUUGAAAUUACACUGAAAAAGGUCAGUCCUUCUGUGGCCAAUUCGCUGCGAACGCCUGUGCUUCCAGAGCAGACAUAUGAAACAUAUCCCACAGCAUGUCCACCUGAGGAACUCACUUUUGAAGUUAACGAGGUCACCCAUUCUGUUUCAGAGUUGUCUAUUCACUUCAAACCAGAAGAACCAAGUCCAGAAGAUGAACGGAGAAAAUGGGAGGAAGGGCGUAUGGACUAUAUGGGGAAAGAUGCUUUUGAACAUAUCAAAAAGAAAUUGGAUGCAUUUUUACAUUAAGAUGGAGUGUACUGUAAUGCCCAUGAUGAUUUCUUCUAUAAAUGCA